AUGCCCCAUCUUUUGUACGCUAAUGAUGGGGCAUCUUUGUCAAAAACAAGCUGUGGAAACAGCCAAUCUUCCAAGUCUACCGAACGAACUCAUACGUUGGAAAUUACCAAAAAGACCGCGCGAGAAAUAAUAGCAAGACUUGAAUCUUUGGAGGAAGAAAUCCGAGGAAUGAAAAAUAAAGGUGGUACUCGAGACGGUGAUGAUUUGGAACAGUCUUUUAAUGACGCUUUUGAGGGGAAUGAGGAUGUGGUAUAUAGUCCACAAAAAUCAAAUCCACUUAACGAGGAUGAUCAUGUUGAAGAAGAAAAAAAAAAGGAGGUUGUUGCUAGGGACAUUGUGGAUGCGGAAAAUCAUGUACCCAGGCCUGCUGUUAAAGAAGGUCGUCCGGUUAGGCAAUUGAAACCUUGUCAAUAUCUUAGUUCUCCUUACGUUUCGGUUCAAAAUGCCCCCCGAUAUCGUACAUGUGGGGUAAUACACAACGCACAACCGCCCCCCGUAUUUGUCAGUGAUCCCUCGGCACUUUUUUUGGAACCGUAUGUGAAUCCGGGUUGUAAUGCUCCUGCUCUAUACAUGGCAAACAACCUGGCUGUUUUUUUGAAACAUCGGUUGCACAAUGAAAAAAUGGAAGCAAGGUUUUGGGAUCAGCUUUUUUAUGCAACUGAAAUGGGAUUUUUAGAAGAAGCGGCUUUUGAAUGA